AUGCUGGCGUCAUUGCUGAAACUCGGCAAGUUUACUCCGGUGAACACUCGACAGAUUUAUGGAGUAUCCGACGUGCCGGCAGAAAAUCCCCGAAGUUCAUUGAACAAAUUGUUUUCCCAAAAGGCCAACAGAAAUGGGGAAAGAUCAAAACUGUUAGAAAUAAAAUUGGAGGGAAUGAGGAAACAGUUUGGUGCUGCUGUUGGCAUGAAAACUGCAAACCAAACAAAAAGUUGCCCAAAUUCAUCACCAACUAAUGAAAACAUGUUUAAUGCUAGGGAGAAUUCAGUUCAAGCAGCCAUUGCUCACUGCAAGAAAUCUUUUGGACAAACAGAUGAUUUUUUCUUUCGAGUAUUUUGUGGCUUGAAAUGA